AUGACAGAGAGCAAUACUAACAUAUUCUUUUCAUUAAUAAAGAAUCAAGUAGUAAGGCUAUCGAUAUUUAGUUUUAUAAAUGGUAUCAAUAUUGCAAAGAGUGGUUAUUCGCUUUCAUUUAAGAAUCUUAAGAUUGAUUGGAUAUGUCAGAGUGGAAAUCUACAAUUGCUAACGGAUAAAUUCAAAUAUGACUCAAAUAGCUAUCUGUCACCUGCAUCACUCUGUUCAUUCUCGCAGAAAAACAAAGAUUUAGAGCGUUUCAAACUUUUUGCGUACAAGUUGGCGGUCGAUGAAUUCAAAGCACCAUUUAACGUCAUUCAUCUGCUAGACUACUGUUGCUUAGGUAGUAGUGUUGAAAUAGUAUCCUAUCUAAUAGAGAGCGAAGAAGUAAAGAAUUGGUUUGGUAAAAACUAUGAAGUUACUGAUAUCUCGAUUCUAAACGCAAAAACAUCAAACAACAACCAAUUAUUACAAUAUCUUCAAACAAAAAGAGGAAUCAUCAGACAAUAA